AUGGGAGGACAACUGUUCCUGUUAAUAGCCAACAUAGUGCUAAUUGCCCAACAAACUCAGCACACAACAGCAAAAAAGUUACCCAACUUCGUACACGUGUGUAAAAGAACUGAUCCUCAGAUAGAAAAAUGUUUACUGCAAACUAUCGAAUCCAUAAGACCCGAGUUACCUAAUGGAAUACCAAAAAUGCAAAUCCCAGCUUUGGAACCAAUGGUCAUACCCAUGUUGGUAGUAAACAGAAAUGAGGAUGCUCUUAAAGUUAAAGCUACUAUUAAAGAUGUACAAGCAUGGGGUGGAUCUAAAUUUGUGAUCAACAAUCUMAAGUAAGCAUUUCAAUUGUAA